AUGCUGCCUCGAGCAGCGCUGCGAGCCAUCCGGCCCUCGACCACCUCCGCCAGCUCAUAUCUCCGCCAUGCAUCGCCCAUAAUAGCCAGCACAUCUUUACGGAUACAGUCGUUUGCCUCGAAACCUCCUCGGUCACCUCCGCCUCCACCACCAGCAGGCGCAAAGCCGAAGCGAGCUCCCCCUCCUCCACCACCGCGAGCGACAGGACCAGCGAGGCAGACAUCACCGGGCACCAGCUUUCCCAAGGACAAGACCUGGAAGCCGCAAGAUGGUAUCAAGUUCGACGAAAGGCCGGGGGCUACCACCGUCUCAGGAGCUGGAGCUGCGGCAGCGGGAGGUGCGAGUGCAGGGAGGGCAGUGAAUGCUGGGCCAUCGACUACCACGCAGAAGAGCGCGGCGACACCUGUGGAUGGCUCGAGGCCGGUAGAGCAGCCGCCGCCACCACGUCAGGACGGCCCACUAGAAGCAGAUGCUUCUCCGAUGGAGCCCAUGGCGCAAAAGACGGACACAGAUGAGCCGCAGCCUGGCGGCGUGCGAGAAGCUGCACAUGAAGCGCAAGGCGAGGCUGAGAACCAAGCACAACCUCCCGAGUCGGAAGAACCUUCAGGACCGCUGCCAGAUCUACGGCAAGGCAUACCCAGCACCUUUGACUUCGAGUAUGGCCAAGGCAAGAAGCAGGCACGAGACACUACCUCCGAUCCCGCGCCGGAGACGGACCUCACAUUCGAAUCCGAGAACCAGCAGCAAAAAGACAGAGGCGAGCGCGACUACGACCGCAGCGCCUACGAAACCUCUCUCGACCGCCGACGAGCCCGCAUGGCCAACUACCUCUAUGGCGGCAUCCUCCUCGGCGUGGUUGGCGCCGGCGCAUACCUAUCCCGCCCCUACACCGCCGACGAGGAGCUCCCCACUCACCUCGCCACCGACGACGCCUAUGACUGGACUCCUUCCAAAAUGUACGCUCGCAUCCGCGCCCGGUUUGGCGACAGAUUGGGCUACUACACCGAACCGUCCUUCCCCAAACUCCUCCCCGAAGUCCCCGCCGCGCAACGCCAACCCUUCACCCUCGUCCUCUCCCUCGAAGACCUGAUGAUUCAUUCCACCUGGUCGCGCGAGCACGGCUACCGCACCGCCAAACGCCCGGGCAUCGACUACUUCAUCCGCUACCUGUCCCAAUACUACGAACUGGUGCUCUUCACCUCCGUGCCCAUUGCGAUGGCCGACCCCGUGGUCAAGAAACUCGACCCCUUCCACUUCAUCAUGUGGCCGCUCGGGCGCGAAGCAACCAAAUACGAAAGCGGCGAGUACGUCAAGGACCUUGCCUACCUCAACCGCGAUUUGAGUAAGACCCUGAUCAUCGACACCCACGCCCCGCACGUCAAGAACCAGCCGGAAAACGCCAUCGUGCUCCCCAAAUGGUCCGGCGACCCCAAGGACCCGCACACCGCCGACCUCGUCGCCCUCAUUCCCUUCCUCGAGUAUGUCGCUACCAUGGGCACCGAAGACGUGCGUCCGGUGCUCAAAUCCUUCGCCGGCCAGUCGAUCCCCGAGGAAUUCGCGCGAAGAGAGCAGAUUGCGCGAGAGAAAUUCCACGCGCAGCUGGAGCAGGAGAGGGGGAAUCGGCCGAAGAGGAGUUUGGGCAGUUUGGCGGGGGCUUUUGGGUUGAAGGGGACGCCGCAGGGGGGGAUGGUGUUGGGGGAUGGGCAGAGUGUGGCCGAGGGGUUGGCGCAGGGGAAGAUGUUGAGUGAUCAGAUUCGGGAGCAGGGGCAGAAGCAGUACGAGUUCCUCGAAAAGCAGAUCCGCGAGCACGGCGAGCAGUGGCUGAAGGAAGAAGAGGAGGAGCAGAAGAAGAUGAUGGAGGCGCAGAUGCGGGAUAUGAAGCAGUCGGCUACGAGUUGGUUUGGGGGGAGUAAGUGA